CCCCUCGCGUCCGGUCGACGUCACAGCUCGUUUGCAUAUCCUGUUUCUGUGACUCAGGUUAUGACGGUUAUCAGAAGAAGAGGCUAGCCGAGCCGAGUAGAUGCUCGGCCUGUUGGACAAAACCCAAAGCAAGGUGUCUGAUCCCGUCUCCAAGAUCCAUAUUAGAUCAGAUCCUUUAGCCUGGAGGUUUUGGAGCAGAACAGGAACAACUCUGAUCUCCAACGAUGGACGGGUUCGCGGGGGACAUGCUGAGCGGUGGCCGGGCCCUCCUCGGCGAGGACAGCUCGGUGAUGGCUCGCAUGCAGAAGAAGUUCUGGAAGACCAAGCAGGUGUUCAUCAAAGCCACGGGCAAGAAGGAGGACGAGUACGUGGUGGCAUCGGACGCCGACCUGGACGCCAAGCUGGAGUUUUUCCGCUCGGUUCAGUCCACGUGCACGGAGCUGCUGAAGGUGAUUGAGAAAUACCAGCACAGGAUCACACGCUUGUCUCAGGAGGAGAACGAGCUGGGUCUGUUCCUGCGCUUCCAGGGUGAGCACGAUCGCACGAAGGCUGGCAACAUGAUGGACGCCACCAGCAAGGCCCUGUGCACCUCCGCCAAGCAGAGGAUGGCACUUUGCCCGCCACUGCACCGCCUGCACCAGGAGGUGGAGACGUUCAGACGGCGCGCCAUCGCCGACACGCUACUGACAGUCAGCCGUAUGGAGAAGGCCCGCACCGAGUACAGAGGAGCUCUGCUCUGGAUGAAAGACGUCUCCCAAGAGCUGGACCCGGACACCUACAAACAGCUGGAAAAGUUCCGCAAGGUCCAAGCCCAGGUCAGAGGGACGAAGGGCCAGUUUGAGAAGCUGAAGAACGACGUGUGUCAGAAGGUUGACAUGCUGGGAGCAAGCCGCUGCAACAUGCUCUCACACUCCCUCUGCACCUACCAGACCACUCUGCUGCAGUUCUGGGAGAAGACAGCCCACGCCAUGUCAGGAAUCCAAGAGGCCUUCCAAGGACACGUACCAUACCAGUUCACCACACUCAAGGACCUGAGAGACCCGCUGGAGGACCUCGCAGAGUUACAGACACAAGAGGACAAGAAGGAGAAGUCUCUACAGAGCAACACAGACAGUCUGGUGUCCUUGGAUGACGACAAGCCGUCAGGAAGUGCCUCCGAUGCAGACCCGACCCACAGUGCGGAUGGACAGAGCCAAAACAGUGACAGUGUGCACCCAAACACCACCAAACCUACUCGAGCCCUGCAAGACCUCAGAGGACUGUCAGUGGGCUCUGAUGACGACCUGAUGCUCAUGGCCUGUGAUCUGCCAGAGUUGCAGCCGAACGUCCCCUUCGAGCUCCAGCUCAUGCCUCCUCUCCCGGGAGAAGACCCCAGGGAGCCCAGGGACUUUGGAAGCUUCCAGUCAGCCAGCCUGUCCCAGCUGCCCGACACUGGUGGUCUGCCCUACCCUGCUGGGACAGGGCUGAGACCGGAGGAGGAGGACACCGAACGGGGCGACAUGGCUUUCCUCAAAGAUCUCCUCAGCCCGGGCCCGGGGGCCAGCGACGAGUUCAGCAGAGAGUGGCAAGACGCUUUCGGGGUGUAUGACCCUCCCAGCAUCCCUCCGUCGACCAUGGCACCAGCGAGCAUUGGAGAGGCGAUUAGUGGGCCAGCACCGGCACCACUGCCCUCAAAACCCCCCAGCCCCACGGGCUUCCUGCCCUCCCAGCUGCUGGACCACAGUCUGAGCUCCACAGGCUGGGCGACCCCACCUAUGUUCCAAGCCCCGCCCCUGCAGCCUCCUGCUGGUCAGAGCCAAUCAGCUCAGCCGGCGCCAGGGUCAGCGGCGAAUGUUCCUCCAGGUGGAUCCAAAGACAUGUCUGCUUGGUUCAACCUGUUUGCAGACCUGGACCCCCUCUCCAAUCCCGACGCCAUUGGACGCUCGGCGGACGAGCUGCUCAAUGCCUAAAGUUCUGUGUGUGUGUGUGUGUGUGUGUGUGUGUGUGUGCCGCCAGUGUAUGAUUUCUCUCAAAGGAUCUGGAUGUCGGCAAGUAACCAUAUCAAACACACACAUGCUCCUGAGAGGAAGUGUGCAUAUCCACACUUUUAAAAUACACACACUUAUAUCUGUGUCACACUGGAAGAUGUUAUUUUACACUGGAGAAGUGAAACUCUGUACAUGACUGUUAACACAUGAACACACUGACUGUGUGCACACAGCAGACCUCAUGCGGCCUGUGUAUCAGUCACUGCAGCUUCUGUCCAGCAGAGGAUGUGUGCGUUCCAGGUUGUGUGGUUUUUUUUUUUUCCCGCGUUUUCUUCAUGUUUGGGUGUGUGUCCGUUUGCUGUGUGCACACAGUAUGUAAAAAAGAAAAAGAAAAGAAAUCUAUUUACUGCUUAGUGUUGUUUCUACAUGGUAGCACAUGUCACACAUGAAUGAAGGGCGUACAGUGUAUACAGUAUAUAUAGGACAGAGUGUAUGUAUGAGGCGAGAUGGGACCCUGAGCCUGUCACUGAGCCAAGCUGAAAGCAGCGCUCUGUAUCACCAAGCCAGAUCAGAGGGUCAUUCAGCUGUCUCUGGAUCUGGUUUACUGGUCACCAUCACGCUGACUCGGGUUUUAACUAAAGUGAAUCGCCAUGGUAACCUAACCUUAACAUCAGAAGAUCAACAAAGCUAUUAAAAGUGAUCCCGAAGGGACCGUGAAUGUUUCAUAACGAUGCAGCCAACAGUUGUUGACAUAUUUCAGUCCAGCCUAAAGUGGUGGACAGAUCUCCACGUUCACUCACGUAGACUUGAUCAGACUUUUAUUUUUCUUUCUGGACAUUUCCUGCCUUACUUUACUUUGAAAUGUUUUUAUUUACAUUAUAUCGUUCACCAAACCUCACUAUGCAAAGUACAUGCACCCAGAGUUGACUGAGCCAGCUGAUGACCAGCUCCAGGCUUCACUGACGUUAGUCUCAGUGAAGCAGCUAAACCCAAACCUGAACUUGCUUUAUGAUACAGACCCCUGCACAAACUCUGGAUCUUGAAGACUCCACCAGUUCUAGAUAAAUAAUGUGACGCUUUAUUGCAAGAAAACCCUCAGCUUUCCGUUAGGGAUUCAGUCAGAAACACUAAGCUGUGAGGCGGUCUAGUCUCUGGAGAGGACUGAUGGUGUCAUUAAGACGGCACAGCGGAAACCCACAGUCCAAACUCUUUCUGGCUUUCGUGACACCAGCAGCCCCCUUUCGUGUUUAUCCUCUCACCCUCAGCCCAGAUCCGACUCGCUGAAUGACUAAAAAUGGGCUGCGUUUGAAAUCAUCUCCGGUCCCGUGUGUCGUUUUCACAAUCACAAGUCCAAGGCCAAGAAAAAAAUGUGUGAAGGAUGAAGCAUUUAUUUUGUAGUCAUUUUCUCUGGAAGGACGUUUUAAACUAGGACACAGGAUUGUUUUUGGGGGUGGGUGGGUUAUUUAAGUCCUAUAAAUCUGCUACAAACGGCGCCUAUGCUGCAUCGAAAUGUAUUUAUUUUCAGACCUUGUUGUGCAGUACACUGAAAUAACACUAUAAAUGUAAAAUAGUGUGUAUUUUGAGCUCCGCGUGUUGUGUCUUGGGAUGGAUUUUGGAUUUGUUUUACAGGAAAAGCAUCAACACUGGAGAACUGUUACCGUGUCAUAAAAUGUAUUUCUAACUUGUUUUUGAGGGGGGGAAAAAAUGACCAAGACUGACGUCUCUGAAUGUUUACCAGUCGGUUGAAUGAAGAGUUGAAGAUGUAGAUUUCUCAAAUGUAUUUCAUGACAUCUGCGUGCCUGUGUAAAUCGCACUCGGUGGAGCUACGGUGGUCAGAGUGCAUCAUGCAGAAGAAAAAAAAACACUUUUUCUACAAGCUGCACAUCAGUAUCAUAUCUCUUUGUUUUCUUGUUUUGAAUGUGACGUGGACUUUUUGUUGGAGGGAUAAAACCGGUUUAGUGCAGCGGUCCAAAGUGAGUUUGUCACAUCAUGUAUUUUACUGUUUACUCUUGAUUUUAAAAAAAGCAAAAAAAAAAAAAAAAAGAAUGUAUUUCUCAAGUCAAUCACAAACGCUUUAUUUAAUUCAACUAUGCCUUUUUAUUUCACUCGAGGGGUUUAACAGAUGAAAACUUGGCAGUUCUGUUUCCAAUAAACUG